AAGUUGAAGCCUAUAUAAACACUCACUCCUCAGUUGUCCUGUCAUCUGCAUUUCAUCUUUGGAUUUUAAAGAUUAAUCUAGAGCUCUUUUUGAAACAGAGAGAUGGCAAGGACGAAGCAGACAGCAAGGAAAUCCACAGGAGGAAAGGCUCCUCGCAAGCAGCUGGCAACAAAGGCAGCUCGCAAGUCAGCACCAGCAACAGGCGGAGUGAAGAAGCCUCACAGAUUCAGGCCUGGAACAGUUGCUCUCCGAGAGAUCCGAAAAUACCAGAAGAGCACUGAGUUGCUCAUCAGAAAGAUGCCUUUUCAGCGCCUGGUUAGGGAGAUUGCACAGGAUUUCAAGACGGAUUUGAGGUUCCAGAGCUCUGCUGUGGCUGCACUGCAAGAGGCCUCCGAGGCGUACCUAGUAGGUCUCUUUGAGGACACUAAUCUCUGCGCCAUCCAUGCCAAGAGGGUUACUAUCAUGCCCAAGGAUAUUCAACUCGCCCGCCGUAUCAGAGGCGAAAGGGCCUAAUUUAUUCAAUCUUUCAUUCUCCUGCAUAUUUCUUUCUUUUUAAAGGUGUGUAUCCACACCACCGUUUUUUAGAGGAAAUUUGAUACUAGGGUUUCUUUUUUAAUAAA